GCUCCCCUCAGCACCGGAACCCGAGCCAACGCCUUCUUUCAUUUCUGGGGAAGAGGCCGCAGCUCAAGAGGAAAAACCAAGAAGGGGAAGUUGGAGAGGGCUGAUGAACAAUGUGUUCUGAGGGGUCUGAAACACCGCGGCAGCCACUCCACCUCUGAGCGGCGCGAUAGCUGUCAUGGUCCCCGGACCACGUGACUCCGGAUAGACGCCGGUCCCGCUUUGCGUCGCUCUAUUUCAGUAGUCUUGAUUCUCCGCCUCCCUCCUUUUCUUGGAGAAAGGACUCCAGUACUGCCUUUCUUCCCUCAGGAGGACUGCUGUACAGACCCAGAAAUUCGGAUGCCUGUUAGGAAAGAAGCACAAGCUGGUGUCGGCGCGUGCGCACGGUUGCGCCCGCCGCCCGGUCUCGACCGGGCACCGGAGGAAGAGGCUGCGUGGUAAACAGGAAGUGGACGCUCCAAGCUCUGGGCGACGCUCUGAAAACAUCUGGAGAAAAUGACCCAUUGGUUUCAUAGGAACCCAUUAAAAGCCACAGCUCCUGUUUCUUUUAAUUACUAUGGUGUAGCCACUGGCCCUCCUGCUUCAAAAAUUUGCAAUGAUUUGAGAUCAUCCAGGGCACGCCUCCUUGAACUGUUUACUGAUUUGAGCUGUAAUCCAGAAAUGAUGAAGAAUGCAGCAGAUUCGUAUUUUUCGCUUUUACAAGGUUUCAUAAAUUCAUUGGAUGAAUCUACUCAAGAAAGCAAAUUACGAUAUAUUCAAAAUUUCAAGUGGACUGAUACAUUACAAGGACAGGUUCCAAGUGCCCAACAGGAUGCUGUUUUCGAAUUAAUUUCCAUGGGAUUUAAUGUAGCUUUAUGGUAUACCAAAUAUGCUUCAAGACUGGCUGGAAAAGAAAAUAUAACAGAAGAUGAAGCAAAAGAAGUCCAUCGAAGCCUAAAAAUUGCAGCUGGGAUUUUUAAACACCUAAAGGAAAGUCACAUCCCCAAACUUAUUACACCUGCAGAAAAGGGAAGGGAUUUAGAGGGACGGCUCAUAGAAGCUUAUAUUAUCCAGUGUCAGGCUGAAGCUCAAGAAGUAACAAUUGCUCGAGCAAUUGAACUAAAACAUGCUCCUGGACUAAUUGCUGCACUGGCAUAUGAAACAGCCAAUUUCUAUCAAAAAGCUGAUCAUGCUUUAUCCAGUUUGGAGCCUUCAUAUUCUGCUAAAUGGAGAAAAUAUCUUCACUUGAAAAUGUGUUUCUACACAGCUUAUGCUUUCUGUUAUCAUGGUCAGACUUUAUUGGCUAGUGACAAAUGUGGAGAAGCAAUCAGGUCUCUCCAAGAAGCAGAAAAAUUUUAUGCAAAAGCAGAAGCACUAUGUAAAGAAUAUGGAGAAACCAAAGGACCUGGGCCAACAGUUAAACCUUCAGGACAUUUGUUCUUUAGGAAACUUGGAAACCUUGUGAAGAAUACCCUAGAAAAAUGUCAAAGAGAAAACGGGUUUAUUUACUUUCAAAAAAUUCCAACAGAAGCCCCACAACUGGAACUCAAAGCAAAUUACGGUCUUGUAGAGCCUGUACCUUUCGAAUUUCCUCCCACAAGUGCUCACUGGACACCAGAAACAUUGGCUGUGUUUGAUCUCACCAAGAGACCCAAAGAUGACAGUAUCAAACCCAAACCAGAAGAAGAAGUAAAACCUGUGAAAGAGCCAGAUAUCAAACCUCAAAAGGACACUGGCUGCAGCAUCUCCUAAAAUACACCUGAACUGCAAUAUGCACUUAGAAUUUCUCUACUAGCAAAUAAGAUAAACUACAGAACUUUAGUGUAUAUUUCUCGAAAUGAUUUCUCUGAAGCCUGUUGAAUAAUUAUUACAUUCAGAGGGAAUCUGCCUUCAGUUUAUUUGUUCUUGAUUUUUAAUACAGUGAAGCUAUUUCAUGCUUUGCUUUUGGAUUCUCCUUUUUAGUCAGGACAACAUUUGAAAGAUUUUAUUGUGUCUCUAAAGGGUAUAUUCUUGAGUUGGGUCAUUUUUUUGGAACUCUUGGUAGUAAGUUUCAGGCUAAUAUAUAAUAGCCCAAAUCAUACCAUUUCAGGUCUUUUUCUAUCUUAACAAAAAUGUUCCUCCUAUUCUAUAACAGAAGAAUGCCAGAAAUUAGUUUUUUUUUUGUUUGUUUGGUUUUUUUGACAUACUCUCAUUUUGUUGCCCAGACUAGAGUGUAAUGGUGUGGUCAUAGCUUACUAUAACCUCAAACUUUCAGGCUCAACUCAUCCUCCUGCCUCAGCAUCCUGAGUAGCUGCCACUGUAGGCGUGUGCCACCACAUCUGGCUACAUUUUUUUUAUUUUUUGAAGAGAUUGGAGUCUCGCUCUAUUGCUCAGGCUGGUAUCAAACUCCUGGAGGACCUCAAACAGUCCUCCUGCUUCAGCCUUGCAAAGUGCUGGGAUUACAGGUGUAAACCACCAUGCUCAGCAGGAGUUAAUUUUUUAACAGAAAGACAUCCUUACCCUUACCAUUGUGUUAAUUGGAACCGAGACUUGGCAACCGAGACUUGACUUGUGUUAAUUAGAACCGAGUUACUUCUCUUUCAUGAUGGGGAAAAAUAGUCCCUCAAAGAUCAGAAAACCAUCAUACCAAACCUUUUACAUUUAUUAGAAUCUAUAAUUUAAAAAUCGGUGUGUAUAACUAUGUUAAGACCUUUGAAAGGGUAUCCCUAUUCCAGGACCCUGGGCUUCAUUCGGUCUUAGUACUCCUACAAUGAUUUUUACGAGUACCUUUUCUAAUGGGGUUUUUACUUAAGAGGACAGAACUUUGUAACAGUUCUUACUGUUUCUAUAUAGGAGGAGAUAGUAAGAAUGGAAAUGUUUUUUGAAGAAGUGAUAUACUGCAUGAUGUAAAGAAAAAAUUUGAAACUUAGAUAGGUUGUCCUGAAUUACGCUGGUAAUUUUCUACUUCUGUGUUAAAGAAGUUACAGUAAAAUGGCUUUGUUUCCUGA